AUUCCAGUAACAGCAUUAGGGCAUAAGCUGGUGAGUUUGGCAAUGGAAGCAAAUAGUUUAGGAUCAGAUCAGAAAGGGAGAAGAGUUUGAGUGGAUCACGUUAAUGAGUGUUAUUAUUAUUAUUAAAAUCCACUAAUCCAACUUGUUCAAGUGAAGUAUAUCCCAGUCACACUGACUUUGUUCUUUUCCUCACAAAUGAAAGCUAUAAAUGGACUGCCACCCUUGUGAUUUGUCAAUGGGCUUUGUGCUAUCUUGAAUUUUGGUAAAAAUUUAUGUGAUUGGUGUAAUGGGAUUCCAGCGAACUUUAGAUGGAGGUCUUAUAGUAGUGUUACUGGUGUUAGGCCUGUUGCAGGGGAUUUGUGGUCAGCCCAUGUAUCCUUGUGACAAUAGGGUCAUCCCUAAUGCAGCCGUUGUAUACCCAUUUUGUAACAAAGCCUUGCCCAUCAAUGUGAGAGUGAAUGACCUCAUUAGAAGGCUGAAUUUGAAGGAGAAAGUUCAGAUGCUUGUGGACAAAGCAGGGGCAGUUCCCAGACUUGGGAUCCCAAGCUAUGAAUGGUGGUCUGAGGCCUUACAUGGAGUCUCUAAUUUUGGCCCUGGUACCCACUUUGCAAAUCCUAUCCCUGCUGCCACAAGCUUCCCUCAAGUCAUUCUGACUGCAGCUACAUUUGAUACUGAAUUGUGGGAAGAGAUGGGAAAGGCUGUAUCAACAGAAGCUCGUGCAAUGUACAAUGCAGGAUUGGGAGGAUUAACAUAUUGGAGUCCUAAUGUCAAUAUAUUUAGGGACCCCAGAUGGGGUAGAGGACAAGAAACUCCAGGAGAGGAUCCUCUGCUUACUAGCAAUUUUGCAGUACACUAUGUCAGAGGAUUACAGUCAACAGAUGGAGGGGACCCUAAUAGAUUGAAAGUUGCUGCUUGCUGCAAGCAUUUUACUGCUUAUGAUUUGGAUAACUGGAAUCAAAUUGAUCGAUUUCACUUUGAUGCCAGGGUUACACAACAGGACUUGGAUGACACUUUUAAUCCACCUUUUAAGGCUUGUGUGACUGAUGGACAUGUUGCCAGUGUUAUGUGCUCUUACAAUAAAGUCAAUGGAGUCCCAACCUGUGCAGAUCCAGUACUGCUCAAUGGAAAUAUCAGGGGAAAAUGGGGAUUGAACGGAUAUAUAUCUUCAGAUUGUGAUUCAGCAGAUGUUAUAUACAACACACAGCACUUUACAACAACACCUGAGAGAACAGUAGCGGAUGUUAUGGGAGCUGGAUUGGAUCUCAAUUGUGGAAGAUUCCUUGGAGAUCAUACUGAAGCAGCAGUAAAAAUUGGCAAACUACAGGAGUCUGUAGUAGACAGGGCGUUGUUCAACUCUUUCUCUGUUCAAAUGCGCCUAGGAUUAUUUGAUGGCGAUCCCGCAUUCCAGCCAUAUGGUAACCUUGGUCCUAAGGAUGUCUGCACUCCCGAACAUCACAGACUGUCUGUGAGGGCAGCCAGGGAAGGAAUAGUACUGUUAAAAAACAUCAACAGAGCAUUGCCAUUUUCACCAACCAGGAUCAGAUCCUUGGCUGUUAUUGGACCCAAUGCAGCUGCAAAAGAUGCUAUGAUUGGUAACUAUGCAGGUAUUCCCUGCAGAUACACAACACCUGUAAAAGGCCUUGGUAUAUACACAAAAACUGUGCAUAAACCUGGCUGCCAAAAUGUUGCCUGCCCUCGGAAUCCUUACCUAGUGAGGGAUGCAGCACAGGCAGCAUCUCAAGCAGAUGCCACAGUGAUAGUUGUAGGUGCAGACCUAUCAAUAGAAGCAGAAAUGGUUGACAGGACAAGCUUAUUAUUGCCUGGUUAUCAAGAACAGAUGGUGAUUGAAACAGCCAAAGCAUCUAGAGGACCAGUGAUACUUGUAGUGAUGUCAGGGGGGCCAAUGGAUAUUUCCUUUGCCAAACAUUAUGACAAGAUAACAAGCAUUCUAUGGGUGGGAUACCCAGGCCAGGCUGGGGGAAAGGCAUUGGCUGAUGUUAUAUUUGGCAAGCACAACCCAGGUGGAAGACUGCCAGUAACAUGGUACCCACAAGAUUUUGUUGCAAGGGUACCCAUGACAGACAUGAACAUGAGGCCUAAUCCUGCAACUGGGUAUCCAGGCAGAACUUACAGAUUCUACACUGGAAGUAAAUUGUACAGGUUCGGUGAUGGAUUGAGUUAUACAACCUACUCUCAUUCUCUUGUGCAGGCACCUAAGCUUGUUUCAUUAGCCCUGCAAACUCCAAAUAACAGUUGUGCAGGAAUUGAAAAGAAUAUGUGCAAUUCAGUCCGUGUUGAGCAUGCUAAUUGUCAGGGACUGUUGUUUGAUGUGCAUGUGGAUGUAGACAACCAGGGGAGUAUUGAUGGAAGGCAUGCUGUGCUGUUGUUCUUUAGUCCUCCUGCUGGGGUUCACAAGGGGGCCCCACAGAGGCAGCUGAUGGCAUUCAGGAAGGUUAAUGUUGGGGCAGGAGGCAGAGAAAGAGUGCAUUUCUCAGUAGAUGUGUGUAAAGAUUUGAGUGUUGUGGAUGAGAUGGGUGUCAGGAAAUUGGCAUUGGGUUCUCAUCUCCUUCAUGUAGGGGAUGUCAAGCAUACCUUUGACAUUCAACUUGGAGAUUAGUCUUAAGCAAAUCAAAGUGGGUUUGCACUUUGCAGUUGGUUUCUAUGAUAUUGAUAAGGGUGGCAUCAUGUGCAACUAAUCCAAAUGGCUGUUGCUGUUGGUGCUGCUGUGAUAUGUGAAAAUAAUUGGGUGCAUUAUUCUAUUGUUGUAUCAUUAUUUGGAAAUCAAAUCAAUUAAUAUUUUUGAGUUGCUCUGCAAGGGCUAUCAUUGUAAUACAGGUGAAGAAGAUAAAAGGAAUAUUUGUUGGUAUAGUA